UGACCUACUAACACAGAUCCAUGAGGCAGCGGCCACUCCGGGAGGAAAAGCGCAGAGGAGAAACACGGAAACAUUACCUCACAAUUGAUGGAAGUUUGAUCCGUUUGCGGAUAAAAUCCUUCACGCUGUGCUCGGCCACACUCGCCUUGUUUAUUCUGCGGACUAUACCAGCGAGCCUGGCUUAGUUAAAGGCCCACAAGGAACAAAGUCCCCACCAAGAAUCAUUAACAGACACUCAUGAUAUCUAUAGCUCUUGGUUUACGAUGAAGAUGCUGUACAUCUGCUGUACAUGAGAGGAACGCACUGAGCUUAUGCAAUCAGGAUAACGACGUUGGUUAACAUGCAGGCCAUAAAGAAAGAGUCAACCUACGGCGGUGAGGAUGCCCUGGUCUUAGCUGUGGCUUUGCAGGGUGCGGACAGGGACUUGAUGAAUCACAACCUGUCCCCUGUUCCCUUCAAGGGCAAAAGCACCUCGUGCCGCAGGAAGCGGGAGUUCAUUCCCGAGGAGAAGAAGGAUAACCUGUACUGGGAGAGGAGGCGCAAGAACAAUGAGGCAGCCAAGCGCUCUCGGGAGAAGCGGAGGUUCAAUGACAUGGUACUGGAGAGCAAGCUGAUGGCUCUGGGUGAGGAGAACGCUUCGCUCAAGGCGGAGCUGCUCUCCCUCAAGUUGAAGUUUGGCCUGGUAAGCUCAGCUGCAUACACUCAGGAGGUGCAGAAGCUCUCCACCGCCACCAGCACCCUCUACCAGGAGUUUGUGUCACCCGGCACUGCCAAAGCCUCCUAUUCCACCGAGCUGGAGCUGUCUCGUUUAGGUAGUAGCUGCAUUUCAGUUAUCAAGCACUCACCCCACAGCGCCUUAUCUGACGGGUCUGACUCUAGCACAGGGACACAGAGCAGCCCCUUGAUGAACAUUUGCAGGACCCCUGAAAUCAUCAAGCAAGAACCUGUGGAGAAUGGCAGCUACACCAGGGACCAAGCCAGUCCCUAUGAACUGUACAAAAACUACCUGAACAGCCCCUUCCCUAGAGGCUACUCCCAGCCCUCCCCAUUCCUCCAGAUGACCAGAUCGUCCAGCAACUCGCCCCGGACCUCAGACGGCGACGACGGAACUGUGAGCAAGUCGUCAGAUGGCGAAGACGAACAGCAGGUUCCCAAAGGUCCUGCGCCAUCCACCGCAGACCCAAAGAGCGUAAUAGUCUCGGCCCUCAAAGUGCCAGACACCAACGCUUCUGCCCUGCCCCACAAACUGCGCAUCAAAGCCCGGGCCAUCCAGAUCAAAGUGGAGGCUAUCGAUCCGGACUACGACUCCUCUGGGAAGACCUCUUCCCCCAUCGACAUGUCUGCGAGAGGAUGCUACCAGAUGGCUCAUGCUGGUACACCCGAGUACACCCAGUCUUCUCUUAGUCCACUGUCUCUGCAGGUGAACAGUGUCCAUGACUGGAACCACCAGCCCGAGUACUGGCACAAAGACCAGCGCGAGGCUCUGCCGCCAAGCGGCUGCAAGAAUAGACUUUGCCCUGACUCGCCGGGGCCCGUGACUAAGAAACUGAUCGUAGACCUUAAAGAUGGCUGCUAUGCCAGCUCAGAGUCUGAGAACUUGUACUUGAAAAGGGGCAUCGCUGACCUGUCGGCAGAGGUGGCCUCCCUGAAACGGCUGAUCACAACACGACAGGGGUCCGUCAUCGAGUCCACCAAAAGCACUACUGACCACGACUCGGGCUCGCAAGGAUAUUUCUCAAACUGAGAGACUUCUCUGUUUUGCACAACACCUGUUUUCCACUGUGUCUGCUACUGCACCGUGUGUUUGAAUGGUGUCGAAAAAGCUGCAGUUCAUUAAUUUUGAAAUGAAUAGUGGUUUUGUGCACUUACUGUUGUAGUUUGGCGUGUCUUCUUGAUGACUCCCUUUCUUUUUUUAGCCCAGAAGCCAAAAUGUCAGGCUACUACAUGCAAAGUUGAUGCUCCCUUCUUCUUCUUCUGAAACAAAAAUACAAAAACAAAUUGUUGUACAUUGUAUGUUCAUUUUUUUGUUUACAAUAAAUGUAUGUAAGCACUGAAGCACCAUUUUUAUUUGUCUUUUUCGCCUUCCCAGGGUGGUCAGGAAAACAAAAUGUAUUGUACUAUGAAUCAUGUGGACAUUUUGGAUGAACUGCAGCUCGCUCUGGACUGACCGUGCCUCCAUCUGAUUUUUUCUUUUCUUUUUUUCUUUCUUUGUGUCAUUUCUAUGGAGGUGCACUGUUGUUUUUACCCUGGGUCCUAUUUAAAGGAACAAUAGGUAGCUUUUUUCAUGUUGAUAAAAUUCUCAAUAAAAUGAAUGUUGCUUUAAA